GAAACAAUAGAUCAGCGAUCACAGCUAACCAUGGCCGGAGUCAGAGAGAUAUUCGUAGUCUCAGCAGCGGGGCAAGGCCACCUGCAACCAUGCAUGGAGCUCUGCAACCACCUCCUCUCCCGCCACUACCACACCACCAUCGUCAUUCCAUCCACUCUCUCCUCCGCCAUCCCUUCCUCAUUUUCCCAAAACCCACUCGCCCAGAUCCUCCAGCUCACCGCCUCUUCCGGCCCACCCCGACCCGGACCCGACCCGCUUCGCAACCAAGCCGCCCAGGACCUCGACCGCCACCUCGCCAACCGCCCAGCCACCGCCCCCCGGCCUCUCUGCGCCGUGAUCGACUUCCAGAUGGGCUGGUCCAAGGAGGUCUUCUGGAAAUUCGACGUCCCCGUCGUCGGAUUCUUCACCUUCGGCGCGUGCGCCGCCGCCAUGGAGUGGGGCUCGUGGAAGGUCCAAGCCGGAGACAUCCGCCCCGACGAGAUCCGCCCAAUUCCCGGCCUACCCGAAGAAAUGGCUCUCACUAUUUCCGAUCUCAAGCGCAAGGCCGGCGGUCCCGGCGGCCCACCACCUGGCGGUCCGAACGGUCCACCUGGAGGUCCGGGCGGUCCGGGUGGCCCACCAGGCGGAGGAGGAAAAGGAGGAGGAGGUCCGCCGAAACCGGGGAACCGGCCGCCGUGGGUCCCGGAGGUGGAAGGCUCGGUAGCGUUGAUGUUCAACACUUGUGACUACCUGGAGCGUCCGUUCAUCAACUACAUGACCGAGCAGAUGGGGAUUCCGACGUGGGGGGUGGGCCCGCUCUUACCGGAAUCAUAUUGGCAGUCGCCGUCGGAUUCUUCAAUCCACCACCAUCAGAUCAGAGCUAAGCAGCGGCAAUCGAACUACACCGAAGACGACGUCGUUAAGUGGCUUGACGGAAAGCCUCCCGGGUCGGUGUUGUACGUGGCGUUCGGAAGUGAAGUGGGUCCGACUGCGGAAGAGUAUCCGGAGCUGGCUGGCGCAUUGGAGGAGUCGACCGGGCCGUUCAUCUGGGUCAUCCAACCCGGGUCGGGUGGGUCCGACCCAGGCUAUGGGUUGGAGAGCAAAGUGGGGGAGAGGGGUUUGAUAAUACGGGGAUGGGCACCACAGCUGUUGAUACUGAGCCACCCAUCAACGGGUGGGUUCUUGUCACAUUGUGGGUGGAACUCAACGGCGGAAGCGUUGGGCCGGGGAGUGCCGUUUUUGGGCUGGCCGGUUAGAGGUGAUCAGUACUUCAAUGCAAAAUUGGUGGUGAACCAUUUGAAGGUUGGGUACAGAGUUGCUGAGGACUUGUCGAAGAUGGUUAGGAAGGAGGAUGUUGUGAGAGGGAUAGAGAAGCUGAUGGGGGAUGAGGAGAUGAAGAAGAGGGCGGUGGCGAUAGGGCGGAAGUUUGAGAAUGGGUUUCCGGCCAGCUCCGAGGCGGCAUUGGAUGCUUUUGGUGAUUUUAUUACUAGCCGAAAAGCAACUUAAGUUAUAUACAUAUACACAUAAUUUGAUGCUCUGUCAGACUUUGGAUGACUGACACAGGAAGGUUUGAUUUAAGAGAUCAUGUAUAGUUUGUGAGACCCUUGUGCUUAUUGCUUCUCUUGGCAAAAAGCAUUUGAGGGCUCAAAUAUGUUGGGUGUAUUAGCUUUGUAAUAUUUGGUACUAGAGUGAUUGUACUGAAGAUUUUUUUUUUUUUUGCUGUUUUGAAUACACUACGGCGUGCUUUAUCUGA